AUGGACCCAACCAACCGCAUGAUGAGCCGACUUCAAGUGAAUGAUAUGGUGGGGAUGCCACAGAUCUACGGUCAACCGCAGCCACAAGGAGUCUUUGUAGAGACCAAAGCCCCCGUCAUGCAACAAAAGAAAGAGCGGAAGAAACGCGGCGAGCGGAAAGACGACCAUCGCGUCGAUCGUCAUGAAGAGAACUUAAAGGAAAUCGCACAAGAGAUAUAUGUCCGGUGGAAGACCCGUAAGUUAGUGAAAGAGCGGAGCUACGAUUUAGAACGCGCUGAAAAGAAAGCGGAGAAGCGAUGGAAGAAAGAGACUGCCGAAGUGACGCGACUCUUUUACAAAGCUGCCAUCAUGGAAAACACUGUAUUAGGUGAUGAAGAGAGUAUCGGUAAGAAGAGGAAGAAAGAGGCCAAAAUCAAAGAAGACUGUCAUCCUUAUUUACUCUUCUGUAAAGAACAUCGAGAUGAAUUGUCUGCAAAGUAUGGAGGAAAAGAAGUCCUGUCUGUCUUGUCUGAGAUGUGGAAGAAACUUGGACCGGAAGAGAAGAACAAAUAUAUCGAAGUGGCAAAGAAAAACAAAUUGAACAAAACAAAACAACAAGAGCAACAGCAACAACAAGGGAUGAUGACUAUGCAAGACCAAGUCGGCAUGCAUCAACCCCCUCCUCAACAACAAGUCUUCAUGUUUUAA